GGCGGCGCUGCGGGGCCGGCCGGGGCAGGGACAUGGCGCUGAGCCCCCCCGCCGGCCCCCCGGGCCCAAAGCCCCCGAGCUCCCCGGAGGGGCGGCCGGGAGGGCAGGGGGGGCCGGGGCUGCCGCUGCCCCUGCACUCGCCCUGGACCUUCUGGCUCGACAAGUCACUACCUGGUACUACAGCAGCUGAAUGUGCCUCGAACUUGAGGAGGAUUUAUACGGUACAAACAGUGCAGAAUUUCUGGAGUGUCUAUAACAACAUUCCUCCUGUGACAAGCUUGCCCCUGAGAUGUAGUUACCACUUAAUGCGGGGAGAAAGACGGCCACUUUGGGAAGAGGAAAGCAAUGCCAAGGGAGGUAUAUGGAAAAUGAAGGUCCCUAAAGAAAGUACGGCAGCAGUUUGGAAAGAGCUCCUGUUAGCAACUAUUGGAGAGCAGUUCAUGGAUUGUUGUGCAGCAGAUGAUGAAGUAAUAGGGGUUAGCGUCAGCGUUCGUGACCGUGAAGAUGUUAUACAGGUCUGGAAUGGGAACGCUUCCUUAGCAAGUGAAGCAAAAGUUUUAGAAAAGAUAUAUAAACUUCUGCCACACACCUCUUUUAAAGCAGUGUUCUAUAAACCACACAGAGAGCACCAUGCUUUUGAAGGCAGACGUGGAAAACAUUAAGUACAGUCUUGUGCUUGACACUUAGUGUUUUGAGGUGGUCUGAACGAGCAGAAGGACGGCUGGAAGCCCUGUAGAACCACUACGUGCAGUGGCCAUCUCGAGUUUCUAACACUUCAGAUUGGGCUAUUGCUGCUGAAAAUGAGGAAGCAUGGUUACCCUGCCUGCCAAAUGUGCCAUUCAUCACUUCUUGUUUGGUUGUGUUUUCGGUUCUUCGUUGUUUCUUUAAAAAGUUAUUUUGGCCGCUAUUUUUUUUUUUUCAAUCAGAUCAUAUUUAUUCUGAUUUCAUUAAGGUAGAAUGCUUUGGUUUCUUUCUGUACUGUACUUAGCUAAAUGGAAAUGUGCACAAACAUGAUAUGCUGCUUUCUCUAGAUGUGCUGUGCAUAGAGGAAUACUGGCUUGGUGAAAUGUGUUUUCAAUUUUCAUUUUGAGACAUUCCUAUCAUGCUAAGACUUACUCACUGUCUUUGUCCCAAGAGAUGGAGGAGUUGCACUGCAUUAUCCUAAUGGACUAUGUAAUCUGGUCUUGCACUGACAACAGCACAAAUCCUGUAAGAGUAAGGAGUGAAGUAUUCACUGAAUGAGCAACUGAAGAGACACGUUUAUAUUGAAUCUAACCCUCUGUGAGAUAACGCUAACGAGUGUUCUAAGUGCAAUGACUUCAAAACAACUCUUGUUCAGGCUAGCGUUGAGAGAUCUUAAGGUAAAAAACCAUGCAAACUCUACACCUCCUAUUUAAGAAGGGUUUGUGUCUUUAUUUUUUUAGUGUAAGAUAUUUUUCUGUACACUAUUGGAAAAAGUCAUGAAUGGUUUCUAAAGCAUUUGACUAACUGGAUCCGCAUCCCUCACACUUCCGCAGUUACUUUAGGGCCCGCACCCGCAGAGGUCAGGUCAGAAUUGCUGUUGACUUCAGUGCAAAAGAAGAAAUUGUAUCUCACAAUCAGGGCUCCUUAGGUCUUUUUUUCUUAAUUUAAAGAAAAUAAAUUGCUUUUGUUUUACAGCAUAAAUGUGAAUAUUAACUGUGCUACUCUUUAAAUGUUUGUCUAUAUUAAUUACACUACCAAAGAUUUAGUUCCUUUUGCAAGAAGAAGCUGCAGCAUAGAGAAGAACGUCUGCUCCGCUCAGCAUUACUUCAUUGGUAAGAGUUCGUGGUUGGCGCCCGGUCAAAUUGCACUGAUUUCCACAUGUUUGGAGUAUUAAGAAGCAGCCAUUAGAAUCAAAUUUAAAAGUAAGGAUUGCACAUGAGGUUUUUUACAACUUUAUAUUUAUGAAUGAAAACGGCAGUUAAUGAGAUUAUUAAUUAAAUAAAGAAAUUUUCUUAGAUCAAA